AUGGUAGGUGGGGUUUCUACCUAUGAUGCAAAUCCAUAUGCUCCGAAAUUUUUUAGAUAUAUAGUCCAAGACAGCUUUUUGUUCACCAUGAGCUAGCAUCUUUCUAUCCAGCUCGUGGAGUCGGUUUAAAGAAAAAAUUUUCAUACUCCACGAGUUAGCAAAUGGCAAUUAUAUGCUCACUUGCCAACUUAGUUUAGCAACUUUUGGCUCUAGGGCAAUUCUACUAUUUGAGGGAAGCUACUAGCUAAAAGCAGCUAAACACCAUUCUGGGACAUAACAUUGCUGAUCAAAAAUGGGAAAAUAAAACAAAUCCGACUAAUAUAUAUAAAUUCAGAAAUUACGCCCAAGCAAGAGUUAGCAAUAACAUCUUAUAUCUAUUUCCAGGAGAAAAUUCAGACCGAUCGGGAAAUGAAGUAAGUAUAUGAGCUGUAUCGCUUUUAGACCCGGAUUUUGCAUGGUAUGAAGUUCAAGUAGCAAACGAUGCAAAUAGCAUUUUAUCAAGAAAUUCCUAUGGUGUUACCAGAGUAGGAACCGAUCUUUACAUGUUCGGAGGAGAUAUGAAUGGAGAUGUAAGGAAUGAUUUUGUGAAAUUUAAUUAGGGUGAAUGCGUUUUUCUCUGGACUUUUUGCUAUUGCGCCAUUUCUUCAAGAUUGACCGAAAAUUUUUCCUCAUUGAGAAAUUUAACCGCUUUUUAUGAGUAUAUGUCCCGCGAGGAAAUACUUUUGAUCAAAACUCUCGAGAAGUAGAAAAAAUUCUAGAAUAAAAGGUAUGCAUCCAAAUUUGAUUUAACAUCAAAUCCAUUGAAUUUUGUAUAUUUUCCUUCUUUUCUUUCGCCAUCUCAAAGACAAUAUCAUUCCUUCACAUUAGUAGGCGGAUAUUUAUACUUGUUUGGAGGGGAUCAUGAAGGGACAAAAUUAAAUGACUUAUGAAGAUGGGAUAUAGCGAACGAGCAAUGGGAAGAAAUUACUCCUGGUGGAACAAUACCUGACCCUAGGUCUCAUCAUGCAUGUUCCUCAUAUGGAGAUGUGAUGGCAGUUUUUGGUGGGGUUGGCGAGUUUGGGUACUUGAAUGACGUUUUCCUGUAUAAUUCUUUGACAAAUGUAUGAUAUCAAAUCGAGUCAGCUUCUCAAAUAAUUCCAAGUAUCAGAUCUGGAGCAUGCUUGGAUAUAAAAGACUCUGAGAUUGCAAUAUAUGGAGGAAAAACGCGAUCUGGGCUUUCAGAUGAAUUAUGGAUUUUGGAUUUAGGUUCCCGGCUUUUCACCCUAGCAGAUACUAAUGACUCAAGUGGUCCAGGUCCUCUUUAUCUGUCUUCAUGCAGAUUUUCCACUGAUCAUCCUCAUAUAUUUUACGUAAUGAACGGAAUAACUACAACUGAAGUUCCAUCAAAUGGCUUUUACAGUUUUAAUUUUACCAAAUCUAAAUGAUCAAAAACAUACCACAGCUCUACAAAUUUAUUAUAUGAUAGAGCAGAUAUCAAGACCUUUAAAGUUAGAAGCAGGUAUAUCUACAUUGGUGGAGAUAUUUAUAAUACUCCAAGUUACUCUCUUACUUAUUUUAAUACAAGUUCAAAAGAAUUCGUAAAUUUCGCAGAACUUCCUGAAUAUAUCUACGCGGCUGGUCAAACUUAUUUUGGGAAUUCAUACUAUACUCACGGAGGAGGGAAAACAAUAGGAAAUAAUUUGAGGCGAACUAUUCCUACUGGAGUUACAUUAAAAAUAAAUCUACUUUCAACUUGCGAGGAUUCUUCCAAUUGUGGGUGGAAAUGCAGUCCUGGUUCGUAUUUAUCAAACAACUCAUGUGUUUCUUGUCCAGUCGGGACCUAUCAACCUUAUUUUGAAACUACAGAAUGUAAUAAGUGCCCACCUGGAACUUAUUAUUCAGGUACAGCUGCUGUAACAAUAAUUCAAUGCUACCCGUGCAGUGAAGGAACCUAUAAUUCAGACUAUGGAAUGGGAUAUUGCGUAAAUUGUCCGGCGAACACUUAUUGCCCUGCAGGAGGUACGAGCUAUGAAUAUAUUUUCCCUACGUUUUCUGACUCCUCAAUUCAGCCAAAUUUAUUUAAAGAAGGGGAUUCGAAAGCAAAAGAUCAUUCUUCAUAUGCAUCCAUAGCAUUAGGAAUUUUUGGAGCCAUUAUUAUAAUUGUCCUCAUAAUUGUCGCACGAAAUAAAGAAAUAUUAGUAAAAAUUGAUCUCUAUUCUGCAAAGCACAAUUACUUAUUAGACGUGCCAAUGGUCCUAACAAAAACAAAAAUUGGAGGAUUAUUCUCAAUUAUUUUUAUGAUUUUAGCAAUAAUUGUUAUUGCUUCCACUUUGAUUAAUUUCGCUGAAAACAACACUACCGAAACAAAAACAUUGGUGCCGCUAGUAGUUAUGGACGAAAAAGUUUCGGUUUACAAAACAGAUCUGAACGUCACAUUAACAAUCAUAAAUUAUGGAGGGCCUUGCACUGAGGAAAACAAAUGUGCCGACACGAUAGGCUUUACAUAUGAAUAUUUUUCAGGAGCAUGGGACGAUCCAAAAUGUAAACUCAACGGUAGAGACUGCGAAGUCUUUCUUUCAUGCAUUGACUGUGUUAUAGACCCAGGUGCUUAUUUACUUUAUGAAUUUACAAAUAGGUCAAGUUUUGCCUCAGGCUUUACUACUAAUGUGACUUCAAACAGCUCAGUUCCUGGCUCUGUCAGCAGCUUUCAAACAAGUUUGCUCCCUAUAAAUCAAAAAGUAUUCAGAGGUGAGCAAUAUUCUUCGAUGUUCUUUGAUCUAACUCCUUCAGUAAUUUUUAUUUAGUAUUACCAAGAUAUUGAUUCAGGGCUCGGUCUCACCGGAUACCAUAUUUCGAAAUCUACAGACUCUGAAAAAGGCUCUGAAUAUUUAACCAGCGAGUAAGAUUAAUUUAGGCUUGCGAUGUCAUAUAAUUUAUAUUUGAAAAUUUUAUUUAACAGAAAUUCCAAUUGCUUGAUUACUACAAGAAGUAGCAAGCAAACCGUUUUACUUUUAAUAAGCGGGCUUCUUGGAUCUAUUUUUGGGGUUAUGGGGGCAAUUGGAGGAGCAAUGGCUUUUACAGAAAGCCAAUUAAUUAAGAUGAAGGCACGUAUAGAUAGAAGAAGAUUUAGAGAAAAAAUACCUCGUGGUUCUGAUAUAAUAAAGAGAAGUUUCAACGCAAGCUCUCCUUUAACUAAUACACCAGAAGAUGACCCUGGUUCCAAUAAAGACAUUAAUGAUGAAUUAGAUGAUCUGGAUUUACGCAAUCUCAGGAAGCAAUCGCUUGCUUAUGGAAAAGGUUUCCAAAUAUAG